CGGUGUUUUAUGUGAAUAAGAACUUGAGAUUAGAUAGAUUGCAAGUCUAUGCUUUCAAUUACGAUUGUUAAAUGAGGUUGAAUCUCAUAUCAAAAGCUAUCUCAAAGGGUGAGGGUGCCCAAACAGAUUUAUACACUCAACAACCUAGAAACCUGAGCAAUUUAGGAGUCCAAACAAACUACAAACAACUUUCAAUACCACCACCCUCACGCCUAGAGUGGGCCUGGGUCUAAUUCUCACAUUGCAAUCCUUAACCCGACUCUGAUACCAUGUUAAUUGAGCUUGAAUCUCAUCCCAAAAGCUAACUAAAAGGCUAAGGGUGCUCAGACACAUUUUCACGAUAUGAUACACAUCGUUUAUCGUUCAACCACUUUUUUGAAUCGUGUAUCGUAUCAUGUAUCGUAAGAUACAUGAACAAAAAAGAAUAUGAGUUAAAGUAUCAUAUAUAAACUUCAAGAUACUUGAAAAAAUGUGUGGGAAGUUGUAAAGUACAAGAACGUGUGUGGCUUUUGGGAAUAGUUCCAAUUUAAUUGGACGGCUACAAAACAAAACCUUAGAAUACAAAGUGGUUCACCCUGUAAUAUCUGACGUGUCACACAAACCGAUCCAGUUCUAGUAUCGACCCAUGUAAAAAACGAAAAAAAAUCCGACGUGCCAUGCAACACGACUUGGUUUCUGCAAGUGAGACACGAAUGUCACAAUUAUUGUAAGAUACCAGAUUGAAUCGGAAUACGUAGGAUAUGCCGGUGAUAGAUAGGAUACGCUCGCGAUACAUGGUCAUUUGCGAUACAUACCCUGAUAUGUAUUGCCCAUGGCUGUUUUCGUAUCGUAUCGUAUCAGGAUUCGUGGGAUACUCACUACACUGACUCAACAGCUCAGGAACCUGAGCAAUGUGGGAUUCCCAACAAACGACAAACAAUUUUCAAGGCCUGAGUCCAAUUUUGUUAACAAUAUAGGGUUUCAGAGAGAAUAACAAAAGAGACUGUUAGGGUUUCAUAAGAUUACAAUGACAUGAUAUGAAUUGCAUGACUUGUCAAAAGGAUACAAUAGAAUAUAUAAUAAAUCCACUAUAAUACCAAACAUGCAUUAAAUUGUAAAUUUCUUUCGAUCAACAUGAUUGAUGAAAAGUGAAUUUUUUCUUAUAACAGGAUUUAGAGCGAGUAUUUAGAAAAAGAAUAAUAAAUAUAUAUGUAAAAAUUUGUAAAAAAUUAGUAUAUUUUGGGAAACGUAAAUAUUCCAAAUGAGUCUUGUAAGUUGGAGUAUAUUUUCUUUCAACUGCCCAGUGUGACAUUCACAUCCAUUUCUCCUUACACACACACACACCGACUUUCACCAGGAACCAACACAUGGCCGCUGCACCUUCAUCAUCAUCAUCAUCACCGUCAUCGGCUGUCAGCGCCAGCACCAAUACCACUCCUCCGCCAUCAUCUUUGGUGGUUCCCGACGCUUCCCCUUCUCCUUUCUCCGCCAUCGAGUUCCUCUCUAUCUGUCACCUUCUCAAGACAACAAAGAGAGCUGGAUGGGUGAGAAGAGAUGUUAAGAAUCCAGAAUCUAUAGCCGAUCAUAUGUAUCAGAUGAGUUUGAUGGCCCUGAUUGCACCAGAUGUUCCCGGUCUAGAUCGAAACAAGUGCAUAAAAAUGGCUAUUGUGCACGACAUUGCAGAAGCAUUGAUCGGUGGCAUUACCCCCCCGGAUGGAAUUUCAAAAGCAUAUGCGAGUCGACUAGAAGCAGAAGCACUCGAGUAUAUGUGCGAAAUACUUGGAGUAGGAGAAGGAUCGAGAGGAAAGGAAAUAACUGAAUUGUGGAUGGACUAUGAAGCAAAUUCUUCUCCAGAAGCAAAAUUUGUCAAGGACCUUGACAAGGUAGAAAUGAUACUUCAAGCCCUGGAUUAUGAAGACGGGCAGGGGAAGGAUUUGGAUGAUAUUUUCCGUUCAACUGCUGGUAAGUUCCAAACUGAAAUCGGCAAAGCUUGGGCUUCGGAGAUUGUAUCGAGAAGGAAUCACUCCUCUAGAGAGGAAUAAUCCGCUUGUCAUUCUGAUUCAACUCUGGAGUUUAUGGAUCUCCCUCUGGAGAAGGAAGUUUAAAGGGUGAGGGGAUUCCCUUAAAAGUUUGUAUCUCAACAUUUAGUAGAUUUCUUAACACCUGUAAAGAUCACCAACAUAGCAGGUGUGCAUGAAACAAUAUGUGGUAGAUGAUUUACCUGGAUUUCUUGUAUUAAUAUACAUUCCUACCUUGUCUCAUAUUCAUUAAAUUUAAACCUCAUUGGUAUGAGAUGAAUGAAAGUAUUGGACCUUAAAAAGAUGAA